UGUUUGAGUAGAAGGACUGGGAUUUUAUCUGUUGUAAAUUGUGGGUUGGAUUCAUUGGAGCUGAAGAGUUGGAGUGUCCAGACGCCUUAAACAUGUAUGCAGGACGAAAAAGAAGAAAACCAGUGCAAAGGACGGUGAAGCAGCCCCCAGCUGAAGGGGUGAAGUCUAACCCGUCCAAGCGUCAUCGAGAUCGGUUGAACUCUGAGCUGGACCGGUUGGCCAGUCUCCUUCCGUUUCCAGAGGAGGUCACGAGCAGCCUGGACAAACUCUCCAUCCUGCGGCUGAGUGUCAGUUAUCUACGUGCUAAGAACUUCUUCUCUGUCGCUCUGAAAAACCACAGCUCCAAUGGUUUGUCGGCAAACAACAGUAACCAUGACAACAUUAAAGCAACAGGAUUGGUUGACGGCUGGCCGCAUGAGGGAGAGCUCCUACUACAGGCUCUCAAUGGCUUUGUGUUGGUGGUCACCGCUGAAGGGAUCAUUUUCUACUGUUCUCACACCAUCCAGGAUUACUUAGGAUUCAACCAGACAGAUGUGAUGCAUCAAAAUAUGUUCGAACUCAUUCAUAGUGAAGACCAGCAGGCCUUCAAACGCAACUUGCACUGGGCCUUGAACCCGCCUCCAACCAGCACGCAGACAGAAGAAUCCCCACAAGAUGGAGAUCCUGCCCCAAGUAUGUCGCUGGUGACGUGCAACCCUGACCAGCUGCCUCCCGAGAACUCCUCUUUCCUGGAGAGAACUUUUGUUUGUCGUUUCCGAUGCCUCCUAGACAAUUCUUCAGGAUUCCUGGCCCUGAAUCUUCAAGGACGUCUGAAAUUCCUGCAUGGGCAGAACAGGCGACUGGAUGACGGAGGCCAAAUGCCGCCCCAGCUCGCCCUGUUUGCCAUAGCGACACCCCUACAGCCUCCUUCCAUAAUGGAGAUCCGAACCAAGAACAUGAUUUUCAGAACCAAACACAAGUUGGACUUCACCCCUAUGGCCUGUGAUGCUAAGGGUAAAAUCAUUCUUGGCUACACCGAGGCAGAGUUGCGAGUUCGAGGUUCUGGGUACCAGUUCAUCCAUGCAGCUGAUAUGCUGUAUUGUGCUGAGAACCAUGUCAGGAUGAUCAAGACUGGAGAAAGCGGCCUGACUGUGUUUAGACUGCUUACAAAGGACAACCGCUGGAAAUGGGUACAAGCUAACGCUAGACUCGUCUACAAAAAUGGCAAGCCUGACUACAUCAUUGCCACCCAGAGGCCGCUUGUAGAAGAAGAGGGCGGAGAGCAUUUGAGGAAGCGAUCUAUGCAUCUUCCAUUCACCUUUGCUACUGGAGAAGCUCUGCUGUACCAAAUCAGCUACCCCAUGCCAGGCUUCCCUGACACCCUUCAGGGCAAAAGCAAGAACAACAAAACCAAAAAGAGCAAGAUAGACAAAAGUUCGAAGGAUGAUCUGGACCCAAGUUCUCUGCUGGGAGCCAUGAUGAGACAAGACGAGUCUGUUUAUGUUUGCCAACCUGCUAUGGAGCCUAGAAUGUCAUUCCACAGUAGCCUCUUCAGUGAGCAAGUAGAGACUAAUACCUUCUCUUCUUCUGUGGAAAAUGAAAGUUGGAAUCCAGCGCAGAAUGGUGUUACUGCAGUUUCCAAACAGGAGCCAUCAAGUUUUGACCCACUACUGGCAACAUUAGACUCUCUGUCCCUGGAAAAUGAGGAAAGCUGCUCCAACAGUGAGCUAUUCAUUGCCCUGGAAAACCUUGGACUCAAUGCAGAGGACCUAGAAUUGCUGCUUCUGGAUGAGAGGAUGAUCCAGGUAGAGAUGGAAGCGAAUUACGUCCCAUCUCUGAACGAUCUUCUCACCAACAACGAAAUCCUUUCCUACGUCCAAGACUCACUGGAGAAUCGGAUCAAGGACUCGACGGAUGCUCAAAACCCUGCCGUGGCAUUAGAUUCUGUUGAACCCCCUGAGCCAUGUUCUGCUUCUGAGUCAGCUUCUCAGAUUACUUCAUCCAUGCCUGAUCCUCAUGUACCUUUCUGGCCACAAAAACAGAUAACACCCAUAGUUCAUCUCUCACAGCGUAUGCAGCAACAUCUCAAUGGCCAGUCAGUUUGCCACAAAACUGAGAGCUGGAUCCAGGCACCAAUACCUCAGGUGUCUACAACAGACUCUGAGACAACUACAUUUACCCAGCAUGAUACUUUGUUGGUAAACCCGGUACCAGCUGUACACAAUGGCCACUGGGUCUCUGAACACACACAAGCGAACUUGAACUCUCAACUUGGUGACAAGAUAACAGGAACUAGUAAAGCACCAUCACAGCAAUGGCAGCACAACCAGUUGCUUGACCCAUUCCAGUAUAAACAAAAAACAGCUGUGGGUAGUGAUACCCCUCCAAACGGGGUCUACAAUGAUCCCCAGUGGCAUGGAUACAACUUCACAGACCAGUUGGUCACAAAUGGACCAUGUUUUCCCAAUGGCCAGUUGGCGCACACACAAACAGUGGGUACACAUGUUGAUUACAAUAUAACCGACAAUUCAGGGGUGGAGUUUACGAUGAACAUCAGUACAGCUGGGGAUGUAGGUCAGUUUCAGGGAGCCAUGGCCUCAUCUUCGUCCUAUCAGCAGGGUUAUCAGAAACAGCAGCAGCAGCCAAAGGUCGCACCCACUUAUUACACCUCCUAUACCAAACAGAACUCCUCUCUGGAGCAUAUCCUGGGAUUAGCCCCACCUUCAAACCUUCCCUCAUUGACAGAUUAUAGCUCGGAACUGACCCAUGACGCCACCCACAGUAAGAUGGAGACGGGCUUUAUACUCAACUCCGCUAGUGUGGCCUACACAGGAAGUUGUUUGGUUCCCAAGGGCAAUGCAGUGGCCACAGCUGGCAACAGUCCCCACCCCCUUCCUGAGCCACUCCCACCUCCCCCAGACCCUCCGACCACUGGUUUCUACCUCUGAACACACUCAAUACAGAUCCGUCUGAAAAGAUGCCAUCAAUCAUGAGAAGACUGUCAAAUAAAUAAUAAAAAAGCAAUUUUGAUUUUUUGAUUUGCUUAUCCACUUGAAUAAAUCAAUUUUAAUUUAAAUUAAAAUGAGCCAGACUGACCUCUGAAAUAUCAAACCAAUUGCUGAAUACUCCACCCAAGAUAAUGUGAUAGUACUCUCAUUUAUAUUAUUAAUUCAGUUAUGAAUUAAUUAUGUAUCAAUUACAGUAUAUUUGGAUUAUUUCUCUGUGUCAUUAAUGCUUUUUGAGACGUAGGGAAAUUUUUCCAGUUGGCAGAUGCAGUUUGUAUGUCGUCUGUAACAGGUGCGUGUCGGGAUACGUUUGUGUGUAAUAUGUGUGUGAGAUGUCAAUCUCCAUUAAUUGGGCUUUAUUCAAAAUUGUUAGUAAAACUGUUUGCGUGACUUGUGAUGCAACGUCUGUAAAUCACGUAGGAGCAUAUGCAACGUAUAGCUCUUACAAAACUGAUUGUCCUGAAACGCAGUAAAUGACUGAUGUUUAUAUGAACAGAAGACUGGGAUGCAUAUUUAUUUAUGGGAAAAAAAGCAAGGGUGUUACCUUCCGUUUACUGAAAGAAUACUUAUGUGCGAUGUCAAUAAUAAAGCAGUUUAGCAGUAGAUGUCACUUGUAGAUCUGAACCCUUCUCGCUAUUACAUUUUGUGUGAUUAGAUUUUGGAAAGAUGAUUCUAGAUCAAAUUCAGCUUACCUUUUAGAUACAGGUGUUCAUGUGUAUAGUGAAUCCAGAAGCAACCCAGUCUUGUGACAAACGCGUAAUAAUUUGUAAGAGUUAACCAGGUAAAUCAGAUAAAUGGAUAAAAUACGUACAUGCAAGUGGACUUGUACAUGUUGUAUUGCCUUUAAAUUGAUUGGUUGAUUUGUCUCAAUAACAGUAAAAAUCGUGCAUUUUAUACAAAUAUAACGGUCAAUUGGAGUAAAAAUUUUACAUUUUGUACAUGCCAACAUGUACAAUAUUUUUACCACGGUUAACUCGUACAAUUUGUUUUGAUUUGUCUUAAUUGAAGUAAAAAUCAUACAUUUUGUAGGAGCGAACUAGUACAAUCUACUAUGAUUUUUAAUACAGUUAACUCAAAUUAUGUGUUUGACAUGAGACCAUGUUGUCCAGAACUUAUGCUUUUCAAAAACCAGGUUUGUUUUGUCUAUGAAAAGAGAUUCUGGAAGCUGAAAUUGUUGAAUGUGUUGAGUAUAUUGUAAAGCAGUUAAAAAAGAAAAAGAAUAUUUGGUGCUGCAAGGUGUUUAAUGAAUAAUAAUGUUAAAUGUUAUAGUAUUAUGAAGUCACAGAGAAAAUGAAUUUCCAGGCCAGCCUCUUUGUUUUUACUUUUCUUUUUUUCAGUACAUAUAUAUAUAUAUAUAUAUAUAUAUAUAUAUAUAUACUGUAUUUGCAGACAUUUCCUAUAAGAGGUACCACUGGCUCAACUAUGGAUUCAAAUUUCUUUAACACGUAUAUGAGAAAACAAUAUGACAAUCAUUUACAAAAUGUUUAAAGAGUUUGUAAAUAGUCAAAAAAAAAAGUUAUUUCAUAUUGUUGUAAGCACUAUUUUAAAGAGCACUACAACCUAACCAGGUUUUACUUUUUUUCCGGCACAAGAUGUAGGCUUCUAGAGAGAUGUAUUUUGGAGUAAAUAUUGUAUAAUUUUUUUCAGGUUGUGUGUUCUGUUUGUAUAUUUUAAGAAGAAGUUUUACACUUUAAAUAAAAAGAACAUGGUGCCAUACUGGUAAAUUUACUUUCCAGAAUUUAAAUGUUUUACUAUUUGCUUAGAAAUUGUCAUCCAUGUCAAUGGUUUGCCAUGUUUUUGUUUUUUAAUCAAUCAUAUUCGAUUUUUUUUUUUAAAUCACGUUUGGAUUUAUUUUAAUAUUCUAACACACUGAAGUAGCAGAGAUAAUAGGUACAUAUGCAGUUUUGUCUUUUUGUCAUUUGACUGCUUGUUGAAAUGUACGAUUUGGU